AUGUUUGCGUUGUUAGCAGUUUACUUGAUUGUUAACGUUCUACUGUACAACAUAGACUUAGUACAAAGUAAGUGUGAAGCACCAGUGAAGAUCUACGAGGAUUUACAUUGCAAACCAAUCUUCGGUGUGAAUAUUGUGAAUUUGUGCCCGAAACAAUACGAUUGUAGUCAUUUGAUAAGCGAGAAACGUAUUGCAAAUCGUGAUAGAAUGUGCUAUUUUGAUGGCAAGUGGUAUGACAUUGGUGAUAAGAUCACAAUUCCAAGUGUUUGUGAAGUUGGUGUGUGCAGAUGCACUGAACGGUUAAAUUUUGAAUGCACAAAACAAGAAUGUCCGUAUUUACAUUUACCGGAUGUUAAUCGUUGUUUUCUUUCGUAUGUGUUCAAUGAAUGCUGCCCACAAACUUUUCGUUGUUUAGCCGAUUUGAAGAAUCUCUCCACAUGUGACGUAAACGACACUGUGUAUGUCGAAGGUGAAUUGUUUCCAUCGCCAUUGGACAAUUGCAAACUGUGUGUCUGUACCAAGAAUUUUGAUACUAAUUACGGCCAUAAUGUGUGUCGUUCGGUGCCUUGUCGAAUGGAAUUAUUUAAAAUUGCUGAUCUAUUGAAUAACUGUGCGCCAGUGUAUCUUGAACCAACUGAUUGUUGCCCAGUGGAUGUUAGAUGUCCUAGUCCAAAUGAUAUAUCGGCAUUUGAGCAUAAAGCUAUUAAUGUAAAUGAUACUUAUUGUGUGUAUGGAACUGUAAAAGUGCCGACUGGUAUUAAGUUGGUCCACUCUGAAGACCAAUAUGGACACAUCACUAUCACGGAAUGUUUGUGCAAAAUUCCACCACUUAUGACGUGUUAUCGCACAUACUAUUCCUAGACACCUUAAAAUACAAACCAAUAAUUAUCAAA